GCGGGUGCGUGAACACAUACAUAUCAAUAUACGUAUAUAUAUAUGUAAUAUGUGUAUUAUAUACGCAGCGCACGCAUAAACGCACUCGGGAACAGUCUAAAUACGCACGCAAUGUUAUCGCCGCUGCCAAAGCACGAAUCGCCGCGCGCGUGGGGAGGCACCAUCAUAACACCACAAUAAUACUCGACGACAUAAUAUAGGCAGUGUAAACGCGCGUGCCGUUGACGCCGCCGCUGCUGUUUGCUUGCUUGCUCGUUCGUGCGCGCAUACGCAUACACGCACACUUGCGAACGUCCGUAUACACGUGCCGCCGGGAAACCGAGAGAGGAGACCGUUUCGGACGAAACGCUCCCGCCGCCUUCGGGGCUUCAGUAGGCUGUUGACUGUUGGCCGCGGUCCCGCGACCGCGCGAGAAUAUCGUAUAYCAUAUACUGCACGUCCGCAUCAUCGCUCAACAUUCGUACCGAAAGUGUUCACCUGCAUAGUCGCGUACUGCUUAUCUCGAGUUUUCACAAUUUCCUAGUUAAUUUCUUUUGUUUGCUUUUCUUUAUUCAAUUUCUUUAUUAUCAUUUAUUUUUUUUUUCACGCUAUUGCCAUCUCUAUUCUCUUUUCGUUUUCUUCCCCUCUCCAAAGAUAGCAGCUGCACCGCUCACAUAUAUAUAUAUAUAUAUAUAAAUAUAUAUAUAAAGUGUGAGAAAGAGGGAGUGAGAGAGAAAGUAAGAGAGUGAGAGAGUGAGAGAGUAACUGCAUAGUUGCAGCAUAGUCACUACAUUAUACUAUUAGUCUCGUCUAGUCUCUGGUCCCGCGCGCUCGUCUCGCUGCUGUCAGUAACCGUGGAGGAAUGCCCCAGUGAAAAAUGGCUCAGCUUUGGGACAAGUCGCAAAAACAGUGGAUAAAAAAUUUUUGGCUCAACCUCAAAAACAACAACAAAAACGCCGGCGAAAAUGUUUUGGGCCAUGUAUCCGACAUGGUAGAACUUAUCAAUGGGGAAAUGCCGAUUCUGAGCUCGCCUGGUGGAGGAGGAUCUACUGAUUUCGUUCGCGUUGGCAUCGACUGUACGCUCAGCCCGUUGAAACCGGCCACUGCUACAACAGGAACUCUACACAAUCAACAACAACAACAGCAGCAACUACACCAGAAGACGGGUAUCGACGUCGCAGAGAACGCUUCCGAGGGAUCGGCGGCGGCGGCGAUCAAGCGCGUAGUGUGCAGCCCGGAUCUGCCAGUGUUCACCAUAACGCCGGUGGUCGAAGAGGCAACCGUGAUCGACUCGGCUAAGACAGUGGCCGCGGCGGUAGCGGCCGAGCCAGCUAUAUUACAGUCAUCUCACACGGCUACUACGGUGUCUGAUAAGUCUUUGCAGUGUAACGUGUGCCACAAGGUAUUCAUGCAGAAAAACGCUUUCCAAAAUCACUUGCGAUCUCACGUGAAGGACACGACGACGGACGGGCCGUUCCAGUGCAACUACUGCAGCAAAUCAUUUACGGUACCAGCCCGGUUGACCCGGCAUUACCGAACACACACCGGUGAAAAACCGUACAAAUGCGAGUAUUGCGACAAACCGUUCUCUGUCAAGGAGAACCUCAGCGUGCACCGGCGGAUCCACACCAAAGAGAGGCCAUACAAAUGUGACGUGUGCGAGCGGGCGUUCGAGCACAGUGGAAAAUUGCAUCGGCACAUGCGCAUACACACCGGUGAACGGCCGCACAAGUGUUCGUUCUGUGACAAAACGUUCAUUCAGAGUGGCCAGCUGGUCAUUCACAUACGCACUCACACGGGUGAAAAACCGUACGUGUGCAAAACGUGCGACAAGGGGUUCACGUGCUCCAAGCAGCUCAAGGUGCACACACGCACGCACACAGGCGAGAAGCCUUACUCGUGUGAUAUAUGUGGCAAGUCGUUCGGCUACAACCACGUGCUCAAGCUCCACCAGGUGUCGCAUUAUGGUGAGAAAGUAUAUAAGUGCACGAUUUGUAAUGGCACGUUCACCUCCAAGAAGACCAUGGAGAGUCACAUCAAGAGUCAUUCGGACAACGGAGGUAGUGGAGCGGCGUCCGUGGCUACGGCUACCACUAACGGUGUCCAAGUAACCGACAGCGCCGCAGCGGCUGCGGCCGCAGGCGCACUGGUCAUCACUGUGCAGCCUUCGUCCAAAAAAGACGCGGCGUCUGAAGGCGAGACUUCGUCGAGUUGUGGUAGUGACAAGGAGAACAACAAGUCUUCAGUGGCCACGUCCGCUGCGGUAUUGCUCCAGCUGUCUGAUGAACCAAAACGCUCUAAUCUUCUCCUGCAGCAAUCGACAGCAGCGACGGCUGCCGUAGUAAUGGUUCGAGAAGACGAUGUUGGCGGUGUUGGAAAGUCUGAUGAUGAAGAAGAUGACGAAGAUGAAGAGGAUGAUGACGACGUAAUGAUGAUGGGUGCUGCUGACGUAGACACUGAACUCAACAAGCUGUGUCAGUAUUUGUAUCCCAGGUUACCUGGUAGAAAUCGCAAACGCAGUGAUUACGAUGAUGACGAGGAAGACGACGAAUACAAUUGCGAUCAACCUCCGAGUCCGGCUAGCAGCUCUUCGGGUUCAAUGACUCUGACCAUGGAUGUGUCACCGCCACCAAUGACUCGCCGACAACAAUGUCAACAACAACAACAACAACAGCAGCAGCAGCAGCAGCAGCAAACACAACAACAACAGCAGCAGCAGCAGCUACAACACCACCUGCAGCAGCAGCAACAACAUCAGCAGCAGCAACUAAUCCAACAGCAACAGCAACAACACCAGCAGCAGCAACAACAACACGAACAGCAGCAGCAGCAACAACACGAACAGCAGGAGCAGCAGCAACAACACCAACAGCAGCAGCAACAACACCAACACCAACAGCAGCAGCAACUACAACAACAGUCGUUCCACACGAUGCAAACGGCCGCACAACAACAGCGACAGCAGCACGUGGAUUACGUCAUGAUGAUGGCUGCCGAAKAUCGCGCAGUUGUAUCGCCUGUCCGGUACACCACCGAAGACGAGACUGCCGUGGAGAUGCCACCUGUAGUGUCGUUGACCACGGUGCCAUCCUCGCCACCACCGGCACAAUCAUCACCACCACCGUCACAAUCAUCGCCACCACCUCCCGCGCAAUCCAACGAUCGCGAUCACUUGAGCCUGCCACCUAGGAAACGGUCGAAAAUGAUACUCAAGUCGAUGGAGAGCACCGCCAAGAAAGAGGCGCAGUGCAGCCGAUACAGUUCGGUAAUACAUUACGCCAACAAAGCCUCAAUUUAAACGUAAACGAUCGUAGUAUAUAUAUUUAAUAAUAUUAUCAUCACAUUUUAUUAUUAUUAUACUUAUUUAUGAUAUUACUAUUAUUAUUA